UCCUUAUGCAGUUUAAUCUGAUGGAGUUUAGUUAUGAAGUUGAAAUGCGUAAAUCUUAAAAAUUGGCUAAAAUAAUUUUUGAGUGUGGCUUGAAAACUUUUUGAAUACCAACAUUUACAUUUUUAAAGAUAAGACUCACACAUAUGCAGGGAUGGCUCGAUUAGAUAUCACCGAAACUUUUUGCAACAUCUUGUUCCCAGGGCACAUGCACACUCAAGACUCCCUGAGUUACGCCACCAACUUCAAGUUUCAGGAUACUGAUACUCUAAUUGUCACCUACCCAAAAUCAGGAACUACAUGGAUACAGGAAAUCAUCACUCUAGUUCUGAGUAAAGGAGACCCAACUAUAGCCCAAACGCAGCCCAACUGGGCACGUGCACCAUGGCUUGAGCAGUACUACUGCCCGAAAUUCCUAGAAGCCUCCAUGGGCCCUCGAAUUAUCACUACACACCUGCCUUACCACUUACUGGCACCAGCCCUGCAAGAUUCAAAAGCAAAGGUUAUUUAUGUGGCCCGAAAUCCCAAAGAUGUGGUUGUGUCCUAUUAUCACUUUCACAAGAUGGCCAACUUUCUGCCUGACCCAGGCUCUUUCACUGAGUUUCUCAGUGCUUUCCUGAAGGGUACAGUGCAUUAUGGCUCUUGGUUUGAUCAUAUCAAGGGUUGGAUCGGCCAUGCGAAAGAUAUUCAGAACUUUCUUUACAUCACAUACGAGGAAAUGUGGCAGGAUCUUCAUAGUUCUCUUGAGAAAGUGAGUUGUUUCCUGCAAUGUUCUUUAACUGAGGAUGAGCUGACUUCCUCUCAGAAGCACUGCAGUUUCAAUAGCAUGAAGGAGAAUGCUAUGGUGAACUACACCCUCAUCCCUCAAGAGAUCAUGGACCACAGCAAAGGCAAAUUCAUGAGGAGGGGUAAAAUGGGAGAUUGGAAGAACAUGUUCACUGAGGAGCAGAGCGACCACUUUGAUGCCGUUUAUUCCUCUCAGAUGGUAGAAUCAUCACUGCUGUUUAAAUGGGAACGCCCUGAAGAUGCUCUACAGCUUAUGAUAACCAUUAAUACUCCUGAAUCCCAUUCACUCAGAGAGAUUGUGAAAUGUUCAUAAUACUCAACAUUGAAAGGCCCACUGAUUGGGUUUGCUGAACUAUUAUGUAUAUGUAUAUACUGUACUGUAUAUAUAUAUUUUACGUUCCUGUUUUAUUCCUGUUUUUUAAUUAGUCCAAUGCAUGUGCGAUGUGUGUGUGUUUUAUGUGGUUCUUACAAAGGGUAAUUGAGGCUGAACUUUUUAAGUUUUCAACCUUAAGGCCUUAAAAAAAAUGCCUUACAACAGUAUUAAAUAUACAGUAUUCACGUUUAAUUGACUAUUUUUGUACAUGUGCUACAUGCUAUUUUAACAAUCAACUGCAUUAAUCUUAGUGAUGUUGCUGUGCAGACAUAAUGUAAGUUAUAUAAAGUACACAUAAUUUAUCCUUUACAUAUAUAUAUAUAUAUAUAUAUAUAUAUAUAUAUAUAUAUAUAUAUAUAUAUAUAUAUAUAUAUAAGAAAUAAUGCUUGAAGAUUAUUCUGUAGUAAAAAAAUAAAAUAAAAAUAAAAAUUAUGUCCAAAUACCUGAUCAGAUGGGUAGGGUUAUGAAUCUGUAUUAUUGUUUUACCUGUUACAUAUGUGAUUUACCUUUUCUUUACAUCUGUCAAGGCGAUAUUUGUAUGUAACUGUCAGAUGGCUGAUUUAAAGGUGAAGUGUGUACUGAAAUUGCAAUGCAAAUGACUGUUUUUAAACAGGUUACAUGAAUACCCUCCUCCAUAUCCCAUUGGUUGUAAAAAAAAAAAAAAAAUAAUAAUAAUUGGUCCCACCCCAAACGCCACUGAUUGAGCCAAUGUUGCUGUGUCAGGUUGGUCAGGAUGCUCAAACAAACAGAGCAAUGUUUUGAUAGCGUUUAAGAAAUCAACCUACAAACGGCUUGUUAACUCUGCACAUUAAACUGUAAAAAUUUUAACAUUGACUAAAAUUACACACUUAAAACUUCUUAGCCGUAAAUCAUUGUCAAGCAUCACUCAAGCUGUGUGCUAUUUGCUGUCCUUAAUCACUUGAAAAAAUACCUGAUGUGCAAUACUUUUAUGAAGCAAGUCUAUGUCAAAAAAUACAUUAAAACCUACUCAAAAACUUCUGUUCUUAUGCUAAUUGUGGUUAUUUCAAGUUCAAAUUCAAGUGAAAUAACAUUAAUGGUGUGAAGAUGAAAAAUGUGACUCUCAGGGAUGUUGAGUAGAAGGACUGUGGAGCUCAUUAGAUGUUCGGGUAAACGUGAGGCUAAUCUAAAAAGCCAGACCUUUAAGAUGGCAUUCUCUUUAAUGAAGAGAGUGAAGUGUUUAGAGGUGGAGUGCUGCAUCUGUGCUGCACUUGAAGAAAAGCACUUGAAAUGUUCAUUUGGAAGGAAGAAACAACUUAUUCUUAGUCUGACAACCCCAGUACAGACUAAUGGAUUAGAGUUCUGGCACCCCAUUAGACUGAAUUUAUUUUACAGUCACUUGACAAAUAGAAAAUCAGGAUUAAUGUUGCACAGGCAUCCUGAAAGGUGCUACUAUAAAUAAGCAGUUGAUGACUGUCUGAUGCGUUUUACAUACGAAAACAGCACGCUCCAUGUCAGUGGUUGGUUUUGCACCAUUCUGGAGAAGAACAGGUGCUGCUUUUGUCAAAGUUUGCAAGGUCGUGCCAAAUGUUUGAAAGAUAUUCAAGAAUUUGGUCUUAGGUUGCUUCAUCGAAAAGACCAUGCUGUUCAACCUGCUUCACCAGCUAGAUUGGCACCAUUUCAGCACUAACCAGCAUAAACCAGCCUAGACAAUCAUGAGAAUUGUAUUCUGGAUAAGUUGGUCUUUUUAGCAGGGUGUGCUUGGAUUUGCCAAGAUACUAAAAUCUGCAAUCAAAAAUAAAAGAUGAAAAAUCUCUCGUCAAAUUCCUCCAAGUCCUAAUUAUGUGGAGCUAUGCAAUCAAGGGUGUAGAUUCCAGGGGGGUUAGGAAGAGGUAACCCUACACACAUACACACACACACUUCACGCUGCAACCCCUCCAAUGUUCAAGCCAAAUCUACGCCCUUGUAUGCAAUCCACAUUAAUUUUAUAGCACUAUACAUUUACGGCAUUUUUCAAAACUUUCUCAAUGAAAAAUUAAAACUCCAUUGAGUCUCCCAAGCUAUGAAAGAACAACCUCUGAGAUAUAUAAUUUUUACACAAGCAGACAAUUUUUCGAUGUAGAGAAGGAGUUUCAGUGGCAACAUAGCUGCCUGAUACACUAAGCACAACACACAUGGCAUUUGCAUGGCAUUUAGAGUCUGUCAUCACCAAUCUAUGGCCAUUAGUAUGUAACUGUAAAACAGGCACAGACAUACAAGCCAGCACAAACACAGUUUGUCUGCGUUCAGUCAUACUGAGAGGCCUCACAUUUUUAACCCUUUUGAUUUCCAGUGUGAAGGAGUGAAUGUGACAUUUUUAAAAUAAGCAACUAUGUUCUUCAGAGGUACUCAUCAGAGUUAUUCAUGUGUAUAAAAAAAAAUCAAGGGAGUAAAAGUACCAACAAACUACAAAUGCAAUGGAAUCAGAAAAGGACGAAUCCUUCACUGGUUGACUGUAAAGACAAAGAAUUGUUUAUUCAAAUAUUAAACAUUUGUCAUAAGUUACAGUACCAUCAUGCUGCUCCAAACAUCUCCAGACAUCAAGUUCAUGUUGCUCUUGCAAUGAAAGUGAAUGCUGACCACAGUUGUCAAUCAAGAUUCUAAAGGCAAGAUUGCCAUUGAAUAAUGACUUAAAUUUCAGUCAACUCCUCAGCUGUCAUAUGGCUUCAGAAGACUUUGAAUAUAGUGCAAGAUUCGUAUGGACUACUUUAUUGGUGCUUUUGUGACAGAAUGAAAUUAAUUCUGCAAAACAGAACCUAAAAUUAACAAUUACAUACGUCUUUAUACUGUAAGGUUGUCAUUCAAAAGAACAAACGACCCUGCAGCAUUCUGGAAAGGGUAGUUUAUGGUUAUAAAAAAAAGAAAACCUAAAAAGAACGUUCCCAUUUUAUUUAGCAGUAAAAACAAAUAACAACAAAUGGGAACCACAGCCAACACUAACAUUAGGGAAAUGUUCUGGGACAGAGCUUUCAAUUCUUUUAGAAUUAUGAAUUUAGCAUAUUUGUGGACAAUUCUUAUUUCAUGCAACUUUUAAACUGCUAUUGGUUUAUAAUGGCUUAAAAGCUUUAAAGUAAUAUUCCGUUUUCAUUACAAGUUAAGCCAACAUGCUUUUUAAGGCAAGUCUUUCCACUCGGCAGCCAUCUUUGGAAGCUAUUUUCUAUGUAAACAAGCAGCAUGAAAGUACAGCAUCAAUCUAAGAUAAGGUUCGGUGAGAAACAAACUGAAAUCUAAUGAAUUAUUUAGUGAAAAUGUUCACUGACCGUUGAUCUCCUGUGCAUGUUCAUGAUAGGGCAUGAGAGCAACAGUUCAUGAAACCCCCUCGCGACAUUGGGGCGAAAACUCAUUUUGCUUAUCUAAAAACAAGUCCUCCACAGCAAUAGUGACAACAGAACACAACACAGCUGCACAAAAACAGAGAACAGAACUUAUAAAACAUGUCUGAAGAGUUUGUAGUUGAAGAACAGCCUUAAUUUUUUUUUUUACGUUUUUGGACCAGUGCCAGUUCACAGAGUUACCUGCGCAAUGCCGAAAAUAGAAAACAAAUCAAAUCAAAUCAAAUCAAAUCACUUUUAUUGUCACACAACCAUAUACACAAGUGCAAUAGUGUAUGAAAUUCUUGGGUGUAGUUCCGAGCAACAUAGUAGUCGUGACAGUGAUGAGACAUAUACCAAUUUACAAUAAACAUCAGAUUUACACAACCCAAUUAAAAUCUAACAUACACAUAAUUACACAUAACACAAUAUACAAAUAAUAACAUACAAUGUACAGUAUAGAAUACACACAAUAUAGAAUACACAUUAUACAAUAAAAAAAUAGUAUAUAUAAAAUAUACAGUAGGUUGUAUUGUACUGUAUUGACAUUCAGGCUGUCGGUUGAUAGUAAGUUGCCAGUGUGUUGUUAAGAGAGAAUAUAAUUUAUGACAGUCCAGUGUGAGAUAAUAAGAUUAAUAAAUUGCAGUGCUGAUGUAUUUUGAUCGUGGGAGAUCAAGAGUUCAAAAGUCUGAUUGCUUGGGGGAAGAAGCUGUCAUGGAGUUGGCUGGUGCGGGUCCUGAUGCUGCGAUACCACCGGCCUGAUGGUAGCAGUGAGAGCAGCCCAUGGCUCGGGUGGCUGGAGUCUCUGAUGAUCCUCUGAGCUUUUUUCACACACCGCCUGGUAUAUAUAUGUCCUGGAGGGAGGGAAGCUCACCUCCGAUGAUAUGUCUGGCAGUUCGCACCACCCUUUGCAGGGCUUUGCGUUUGUGGGCGGUGCUAUUGCUGUUCCAGGCGGAGAUGCAGCCAGUCAGGAUGCUCUCUACAGUGCUGGUGUAGAACCGUGUGAGGAUGUGGCGGUUCAUUCCAAACUUCCUCAGCCGUCUCAGGAAGAAGAGGCGCUGGUGAGCCUUCUUCACAACGGCCUCAGUGUGGACCGACCAUGUGAGUUCCUCAGUGAUGUGGACACCCAGGAACUUGAAGCUACUGACUCUCUCCACUGGUGCUCCAUUGAUGGUGAUGGGGCUGUGUUCUCUUUCUCUUCUCCUGAAGUCCACCACAAGCUCUUUUGUCUUACUGACGUUGAGGGAGAGGUUGUGCUCCUGACACCAUUGUGUCAGAAUGUGCACCUCCUCUCUGUAGGCUGUUUCAUCAUUGUCAGUGAUCAGACCUACCACCGUUGUAUCAUCAGCAAACUUAAUGAUGGCAUUGGAGCUGUGUGUUGCCACACAGUCAUGUGUGUACAGAGAAUACAGGAGUGGGCUGAGAACACAGCCCUGCGGGGCUCCAGUGUUGAGGGUCAGUGAUGAGGAGAUGUUGCUGCCCAUUCUAACCACCUGGCAUCUAGUUGACAGGAAGUCCAGGAUCCAGCUGCACAGUGAGCUGUUUAAGCCCAGAGCCCGGAGUUUCACAUAAAGCUUGGAGGGCACUAUGGUGUUCAAUGUUGAGCUGUAGUCUACAAACAGCAUUCUCACAUAAGUGUUCCUUUUUUCCAGGUGGGAGAGAGCAGUGUGUAUUGUAGAUGCAAUGGCAUCAUCAGUGGAGCGGUUGUUGCGGUAAGCAAACUGCAAUGGGUCCAGUGAUGGAGGCAGCACAGAGCAGAUGUAAUCUCUGAUUAGUCUCUCAAAGCAUUUGCUGAUGAUGGGGGUCAGAGCAACAGGACACCAGUCAUUUAAGCAAGUGAUUUUGGAUUGCUUUGGAACAGGCACAAUGGUGAAAGAGAGGGAAAGGUUGAAAAUGUCAGUAAAAACACCAGCCAGUUGGUUCGCACACGCUCUGAUGACGCGGCCCAGAAUGCCAUCUGGACCCGCGGCUUUACGGAUAUUCACCCAUCGGACGGAUCGGGUUCUGUAACUUCAGCCACGAGAGAUCUCUCCGCGAGGACGGUGUUAUUUCCCUCGAAACGAGCAUAAAAAGUAUUUAGCUCAUCCGGGAGAGAGGCAGCAGUGUUCACGGCGGAGUUUUUAUUCCCUUUAAAGUCCGUGAUGAUGUUAAUUCCCUGCCACAUGCUUCUAGAGUUGGUGGUGUUGAACUAUCCUUCAAUCUUGUUCCUGUACUGAUGUUUUGCUGUUCUUGUUUAUGCUCCUCCGCGUUCCCGGAAUUAAAAGCGGAGGUCUGCGCAUCAAGUGCCGUGCGAACAUCGCUAUUAAUCCAAGGUUUCUGGUUUGGGUAGAUCCGUAUUGUUUUGGUCAGAACAACGUCCUCUACGCACUUUCUGAUGAAACACGUUACGCUAUCAGCGUAAAGCUCGAUGUCAUCAUCAGAGGCGGACCGGAACAUCUCCCAGUCCACGUGAUCAAAACAGUCUUGUAGCGUAGAGUCUGAUUGGUCCGACCAGCACUGGAUCGUUCUGAGGGUGGGUGCUUCCUGUUUCAGUUUCUGCCUGUAAGCAGGCAGAAGCAGAACGGAAGAGUGGUCCGAUUUGCCAAAUGGUGGGCGGGGGAGGGAUUUGUAGCCAUCCCAGAAGGGAGAGUAGCAAUGGUCCAAAACCCGGUCCCCUCGUGUGUUAAAACUGAUGUGUUGGUGGUGUUUUGGUGCGACUGAUUUGAGAUUGGCUUUGUUAAAGUCCCCGGUCACAAUGAACGCGGCCUCAGGGUGCGCAGUUUCCUGCUUGCUUAUAAUCCCAUACAUUUCCUUGAGUGCCCGGUCUGUGUCGGCUUGUGGCGGGAUGUACACAGCAGUGAUAAUGACCGCUGUGAAUUCCCUCGGUAGCCAGAAUGGUCGACACAGAAGCAUGAGAAAUUCCAUAUCAGGAGAGCAGAAAGACUUGAUAGAAUGUACGUUCCUCUGAUCACACCAGGAUUUGUUGAUCAUAAAACAUACACCACCACCUCUGCUUUUACCUGAGAGGUCUUUCGCUCUGUCCACGAGAACCCCGCGGGUUCAAUGACUGAGCCUGGAAUCUCAGCAGACAUCCAAGUUUCUGUAAGGCAGAUAAUGCAGCAGUCCCUUGUCUCUCGUUGGAAAGAGAUCCGUGCUCUCAGCUCACAGAGCUUGUUGUCCAGAGACUGAACAUUUGCCAGUAGAAUACUGGGUAGCGGGGGUCGAUUUGCACAACAUCUUACUCUGAUGAGAACGCUGGCUCUGUUUCCCCUUUUCCUUUUGCGUUUCCGCGGCCGGGCUGCCCAGACAAAGGGCUCCGCUGGCCUGUUUGUAAACAGCAGGUCGGCAUUGAAGAAUCUGAAGUCCGGUUUACGGUGUGUAAUUGCAGAACCAAUGUCCAAAAGUGUUUGUCUGUCAUAGACAAUAAGGCAGACAACAUCCAAGACAAAAAACAUAUGAAUUGUAAACAAAACAAACAAAAAACUACAAUGCUGUGUCAGAGCUCGCAACGCAGCAGCCAUACUUGGCGCCAUCUUGAGUCCAGAAUGCAAUCGAUAGAAUGUACCAUCGCUCGUCACUGCUGGUUAGGACAAAACACUGAUUACCAUAGAAAAGAUACCUUUUAUCACGUGUCGUAAUACUGGCAUUACGGUGAACCUCAUACUCAAUAUAUGCUUGUCAUUGGCAGGUAGAGUUGUCAACUUUUCAUCAUGCGAAUACAGGACACACGGGACCUUUUGAGUGCUUAAAUAUUUAAACGGUUACAUAUAAAUAUAAUGAAGUUGCAAUGAGAAGUGACACUAUACGGUCACUUUUUAGCACUUUGCAUUGACCCCGACUCUCUUACGUAGCACUUGAAGUGCUUCCUUGUGCGUUCAUGUUAAGUGCAGCUUUGGAAAACGCACGUAAAAAAAUAACGAACGCACUUAACCUCUAAAAUCAAUCAUUAUAGGGAAACGAUGCCCUGAAAAAAAAAAGCGUUUUUAGCAUGACCUGAGCUAAAGAAGCACAAUUUAUGAUACCAUUGUUGUCAUAUUUUACUACUGAUUUGAAAUAUGUUUUUUGAUCGUAGUCUUGACCAAACGUUUGGGAGAUUCCGGUCUUUCCCCGUUGAAGUAGACAGUGUGGGAGACAAAUCUGAACCAAAAGUGUAUAAUCACAUGAUCAUUAUACCUCACAUAACCCGAUGAAAUUAUGCAUAGCCUCAUGUAACACAGAAUGAGUGGAGAAACAGUGAACAAUGAUAAAAGGAAUGUAAGCAGUGUUGACUGUAUAAGAGGCAGGGAGUAAACUACGCACAUCCACCAAUCCCCACUUUAUUAAAAUAGAUACAAGAAGCUGAUCAACAAUCAUGGGAAAACAAUAGUGUGAUAUGAUGACGAAGACAGUUUUUAGAAAUACGUCAACCUAAGAAAGCAACAAUAAGAAAGAGAGGCAACUAGACUAUAAAAGAUGAAGCCCAGUUCAGUUCAGUUGCUCUCGAGACCAACUCGGUUUAUUGUUGUAUUCUGGACCUAACUCUACAAUAAACCUAUAUUCUGCAUUUUCUACUGAAGCCUCCUGAGUCUUUGAUAAUACUUUGGCUGAUUCUUCGUGUCGACUAACCCAUGACAAUAGGAACUGUACUUUAAUGCAGCUUGGAUCUAUAGAAAAUAGCUUCCUGGGAGCAUUCCCAAGAGGGCCACCGAGUAGGCCUGACUUGUCUCGAAAGUACUUUGAUGUUAUCUUGCAUGAGUAAUGGAUACAGAAUACAGAGCUCUAACUUAUGUAUAGCUUUAUCUUUAUUAGUUCAAUCUGUCAUCAUGAAACAAGGCCACACCAUAGCCAAAUUAUUUUAUAUAUGUGUUUUCCACAAUGGCAAUACUCAAUACUGUUGUCCUUCCUAUCCCAAGGAAAUGCUAGUCUACAGGAUGCGAUCCAGGAUCCAUAGAGAUUGAGAACUAUAUGCAAUGAUCAUAAAUCUUUUAUGUAGCAACAGAGGGAUCUUGAUUUCAAAGUGCUUUUGUGAAGAAAGAACUUAAUGCUUUAAAAUUAAAUUAAGUAUAUGCAUAGAAUUGAGCAAAUGGUGACCAUAUUUGUAAAGUCCAGGUGAGGGGGACCUCUGGUGGUGGGAAAGUGGCAUUGCAGGCUCUUAUACUCUCUUCAAUGUAGUUUCAUUAUUGUUCCAAUUUAUUUGUGCAUCUUUGUGGUUAAGUCAAGGUUUUGUGGAAAUUUCCAAUAUUUAAUAUUAAAAAAAUCUUUUUAAAAUGUAGAAAAUUAGAUAAUAGUCUACAUAUCUUUACUGCUAGGCAUAUGUACUAUACAUGAAACCCAUCAAAUAUCCAUGUGUCAUAUGUUGUUGGAAAGCCCUCAAAGAGUAGAAAACAACCGACCUAUUUGUUUUACUCACAGUAAAAAAUAUAGCGAGUAAUAGCUAAUAUAUAUAUAUCUUUGACAAUUGUGUAGGUGUUGCUUAUAUGUUACGUUUUUGCUUAUAACUUCACGAAAAAUAAACGGAACAUAAAAUUUCACAUACCAUUAGAGGAGGUGAUUAUCUUUCAAACGAGCCCACACACAAGGUAAUUGGAUUCACAGAUCAUUAGAUAAUCCAUACGAAGCACAAUGUUACAUAUGGCCACCAGGAGAUGGCGCCAAGUAAAUAACAGGAACGUCCUGAUUACUUUCGUAACCUCCGUUCCCUGAUGGAGGGAACAAGACAUUGUGUCGAUGUAGUGACAAUAGGGGUCACUCUUGGGAGCCCUAAACACCUCUGAUCUUUGAAAAAAGGCCAAUGGGAAUUGGCGAGUGGAAUUUGCAUGCCACUCCCCCGGACAUACGGGUAUAAAAGGAGCUGGUAUGCAACCACCCAUUCAGGUUUUGUGCUGAGGAGCUGAGACAAGGUCCCGGGCCAUUUCAGCAGGUAGUUCAGUGUUGUGGCAAGAGGGACACAACGUCUCAUUCCCUCCAUCAGGGAACGGAUGUUCCGAAAGUAACCAGGAUGUUCCCUAUCUGUCAUUCAUUUGACAUUGUGUCGAUGUAGUGACACUACGGGUCCCUAUACAAAGCGCCACAACUACUGAACUGUGUUACGUGGACUAGCGGUGCAAGACGGGCAGACCUCUGUGUGCCUUGUGGCCAGCGCACCAGGCCAUGACGUAACCUCCCCCAAUGCUCUUAUGAGCAUCGAAUGGUCCUUCGGGAACAAGUCGACUGCCCAACAAAUAGGGAAAGGUUAGCCCAGCCGUGGCCUCCUUACCUCUUUUUUCUCCCAAAAAAGAGUGGAAUUUGUUAACCGACUGGGGGCCAUAAAUGUCUACGUUGGGGGAGUGUCACUCCCAAGGGGAAGACACAGCAGAGACCACACCCCGCCCAGAGAAGGGGGGGGGGGUAUUUCGAGUAGAAAUACGUCACAUGGUCUUACCGAGUCUUGUCGGAAGUAUGUCAUGUGGAGAAAUCACCUGGUGGGUCUUACCCGAGGGGGGAGGAGUUUCUACAAGCAUGGUGACCAGGGGCAGAGGGGCCUCUGCCCAAGGAAGACGCAGUUUAACGACAGGGAAACGAUUUAGCGGAAGAUAUAUCACAAGGGGUCACCUAUGGGGAACCAGUAAAUGUGGAGCACCUACUCCAGUACAGGGCUUAGUUAGCACAUGUACUGGGCUGGCAGCGAGUUUCUCCACAAACUCAUCUGCCACAGGGCUAAGGAGGAAAAUCAUCCAGGGAUCACAACUUGUGAACACGACUGGGAGUCAAAGGUGCACGUUUUCACCUCAUGGGAGGAGAAAGGCGCUAUACGCAAGCAGUACACCCAGCCAGCUGUCCCAGAAAUUACCUGUUCAGACCUGACAAAACACGGGACGAGACCGGCUCAACCCGGAGAUUAUAGAACCUCGCAAAGGUGUUGGGUGUCACCCAGCCCGCUGCUCUGCAGAUGUCUGCCAAAGAGGCGCCAAUGGUCAGGGCCCAAAAGACCGCUACACUCCUAGUAGAGUGGGCUCGUAGCGCUACGGGGGCGGCACGUCCUGAGCAUAAUAUGCCAUCAUGAUGGUGUCAAUGACCCAGUGGGCGAUCCUCUGUUUGGAGACAGCGCUUCCUUUCCGCUGUCCACCAAAGCAGACAAAGAGCUGCUCGGAGCUUCUAAAGCUCUGCGUGCAAUCCAAAUAGAUGUGUAAAGCACGCACCAGACACAGCAACGCCAAAGCUGGGUCUGCCUCCACCUGGGGCAGCGCUUGCAGGUUCACCACCUGAUCCCUAAAUAGGGUUGUGGGAACCUUGGGCACAUAGCCUGGUCGGGGUCUCAGGAUCACGUGAGAGUAGCCUGGACCGAACUCCAGGCAUGUUUCGCUGACAGAGAACGCCUGCAAGUCCCCUACCCUCUUGAUGGAAGUGAGCGCAGUCAGGAGGGAAGUCUUCAAAGAGAGUGCCUUAAGCUCAGCUGACUCCAGGGGCUCGAAGGGGGCUCCCCGUAGACCCCGAAGGUCUACAGAGAUGUCCCAUGAGGGGAUGAGAUGCGAUCUGGAGGGAUUCAACCUCCUAGCGCCACUCAGGAACCUGAUGAUCAGGUCAUGCUUCCCUAAGGACUUACCAUCCACUGUGUCAUGGUGUGCUGCUAGAGUGGCUACAUACACCUUCAAGGUGGAGGGGGACAGCCGGCCCUCCAGCCUCUCCUGCAGGAAGGAAAGCACUGAUCCCACUGAGCAUCUCUGGGGGUCUUCGUGUCGGGAAGAACACCACUUAGCGAACAGACACUUCAAAGCAUACAGGCACCUCGUAGACUAGCCUGAGUGAUCUGUCUACCACCGCAGGUCGAGCAGUACUGCCAACAACUCGAGGCAGUUGUGUACCAACACAGCCGCGGGCCAGUCCAGGAGCCGGCAGGUGUGCCCAUUGCAUACGGCCCCCCAGCCCGUCUUGGAGGCGUCUGUCGUAAGCAUGACGCACCUGGGGACCUGCUCUAGGGGAACCCCUACCCAUAGAAA